AUGAGCAGACUUGGGCUCCAGGGUUUGCAGCGCUUUACGAGGUGUAUGCCUGUCGCAUUCCACCGCACACAUAUGCACAAGUACAUGGAACGACCACUUUGGCCCGCGUUUCGAAAUGGCAUUCGCUUUGGCGCGCGCACACUAGCGACGUCGUGUCCGACCCGUGUCCAGACGCGCACAGAGACGUCGCGAUCGGCGAUGCCGAAGUUACCGGUACAAACCGUGGAGAAAUCCGCAACUUCUUCGAUGCCAUCACCGCCACCUGGAUCCCCGUUGACAUCGUCCACUUCGCCGCGGUCGCCACCAGCAGCAGGACCACCACAUGUCACCUUAUCCGAAGAUAUUUUGACAAUCCCCAAUAUUCUGACGCUCACACGCAUGUCGCUCUGCCCCAUUCUUGGAUGGGCUGUAGCGACGCAUCAAGCUCCAUUGACGCUUGCACUACUUGGUGUGGCAGGAUGCACGGAUCUGCUCGACGGAUGGAUCGCUAGACGGUACCAAAGCCAGACAGUGUUUGGGAGCAUUGCAGAUCCAGCCGCCGACAAGAUGCUAAUGGCAACCAUGGUGAUUUCCCUAGCGAUCGGUGGUGGGAUGCAUUGGUCACUCGCAGCGAUCAUCUUGGGCCGCGACGUAUUUUUGGUGGCACUGGCCUUCAUUAUGCGGUACCGCUCUCUAUCGCCUCCUCGUACGCUCGCGCGGUAUUUUAAUCCUCGCCUCCCUAGUGCUCAUGUGACACCGACGCAACUGAGCAAGUUCAACACAUUUCUGCAGCUCGUGCUUGUGGGCGUCCUGACGCUGUUCCCGCUCUUGCCCGAGUCUGUACAAACACAUCCCCACACCACGCGAACUGUGAGUGUACUUGAAUACGUAGUGGCCGGCACGACGCUAUGGACAGGCGUCGACUAUGCGACAAGCCGGCGUUCUGUGCGCUUUUUGCAUGUAAAAUAG